GUCCACCAUGUUCCGUUCAGCACUCACAAAUUCUGUCCUCAAGUCUGCUGCUACUGCCCGUGCUGCCAACAUCAGCUUGCGGCCAGUACUUGCGCGGGGGUACCAUGAAAAGGUUAUCUCACACUACGAGAGCCCACGGAAUGUGGGCUCCCUGCCUAAGGACGACUUUGACGUCGGAACCGGCCUCGUCGGUGCACCUGCUUGCGGAGACGUUAUGAAGCUCCAGAUUCGGGUGGACGAGAAGGGUAUUAUCAGCGACGUCAAGUUCAAGACCUUUGGCUGUGGUAGCGCCAUUGCUUCCAGCUCAUACAUGACGGAGCGGGUAAAAGGCCUCUCUCUGGAUGAGGCAGGCAAAAUCAAGAACACCGAAAUCGCUAAGGAACUUUGCCUUCCACCUGUCAAGCUCCACUGCUCCAUGCUUGCGGAGGAUGCUAUUCGAUCGGCGAUCCGGGAUUACAAGUCGAAGCGUGACUCCAUGGCAGAUCCGAAGAAAGCCGCAGGAUUCAUCGAUGUUACUCAGAGUGUCGCCACCGGUGAAACUGUCGCCACUGCUCACCCAGGGCAGGCAUAAAUAGACGUCGUGUAAUGGUGGUCUAUCUACACUCUCCCUCGCGGCAGUAUAGACCUCACUAGUGGCAUUCACUGCAUCAUGCAUCAUGUUCUUAGUCCUUUUUAGCAUUCCACAUAUCUUAUUAUUCAAAACAUCUUUUACGGGAGUGCGACGUGCCUCCCUUGUAUUACCAUGCUGCAACAAUACACUGCAUAUGCAUAUACGAUUUCGACACCCAAUAGACGUUCC